AUGGACCUAUUCAUCAAGAGAACUAGAUAUGCAUUUUUUACUUCAACCACUCUUAAACAGAUUGGAUAUGAGAAACGAAAUCAGGAGUGGCUCUUAAAAGGAGGUAGACAAUGGAGGGCAGCUACUGCACCUACUUCUUCACCUCAAGAUCAGUCAGAAGGUUCAGCCUCUCAAGCUCCCUCAUGGUUCACACCAUUCUAUAAUGAAUUCACCUCCUUUAGCCGAGAUAUGCGCGAGGGUCUCAAAAUUCUACAGGAUAACUAUUCUUCAUUAGAUCAUCGUUUUACGCGUAUGGAACAAAUUCGGGGUAGUUCCUCACACGGUGAUCCUAUUGACACUAGCUCCAUACCCCAUAGCGAUGAUUCAUCAACUGAAGAAUCUAAAGAAGAGAAAGAAGGAGAUGAUGAAGAAGAAGAGGAAGCUGGUAAUGAAGAGGGAGAAGAUGAAGAUGAAGAAGAAGAGGAAGCAGACGAUGAAGCUUCUGAUGGUGCUAAAAGAGAUGAUGAUUAA